ACUUGACGUGACGUAUUGUUUUGGAUUUUAGAUUUUCGCCUUUUUUCCGUUUUAUUUCCACUUUUCGUGCUUUUCAUUUCGUAAUCUUUUAAAAAAUACUUUUUGAAUAAAAUUAAUAAACUUUUCCUACAAAUGUGUACAGUUGAUAGGUAAUAAGUACAGUUGAAGUAAGUGACCAAUAUGAGUGAAACAACUAAAUCCCUUCGCAUAGACUGGUUUGAUGGGACUGUAAUUGAAGAAACCAGACCAAGCACUUCACAGUUUACUGAAGACGUAGAAACUCCUCCUCCACCUAAAUUACAAGAAUGUGAGAAGAAACCCAUAGGCUUCAAGAGAUUAUACGACAUUUCGCAAUUGGUUCCACCAAUUUUGAAUUUGGAACUUUCAAAUAGACCUGGGUUUUGGUCGCUUUUAGAUACCGACCUCAAAGGGGAUUUUAUCGUACUACUUGUGAAGAUAUUUGGUCUUUUAUAUAAAUCAGUGGAUCCUAAGGAAAAAUCUAAAAUAGGUUUUUUAUUGAGAACUAAGUUUGAAAAAUCUGGCUUCUUAAUGAAACUUAGAACUUACUUAAGUGACUUGCCCAGAGUUAAAAUUGUUGAUAAAAAAAUGAAUAUGCAACUUUGGAAUGAUGUUGAAUCUUUUUAUUUUAAUGUAUUGAAUUUGUGUGAAUCAAUUUUUCGCUAUGGCGGCCACACUAAGGAGUUUCUAGAAGAUUUAUGUAAAGUUGUGGAAAUGGCAGAAAUCAGUGCAAGUGGUGUUGAAGAUGAACACACAGAAACUAUAAGUGAAAAAUUUUAUGAACAAAUAUAUAAUUUAAAAACUGAAAUACUUAAAAGUAUUAUGGAUAAUUCUGAAGAAGAAACUUCAGAGAGCUCUACAGUAAGACCAGAUCCCAAUAGUUUCAGGAAUUUGAACAUAUUCCCAAACAAAGAGGAUCUUCUUGGAGAAAACAAAGUUGAAAUUGUGCCUAAUAUUAUUAAUGGGGCAUACAGCAGUGUGGAGCAUUACUUGGACCUGCAAUUUAAGUUACUGAGAGAAGAUUGUUUCGGGCCAUUAAGAGAAGGAAUAUGUAAAUACUUAAAAAAUCCAUCAAAAAGGAGACAUGAAAAUAUUAGAGUGUAUCCAAAAGUUCGCAUAAUCCGAACAUAUGUCUCCAAUAACAAAGUUGGUCAUCUGGUUGAUAUAGCGUGGGCCGAACGCGUCUCCAAUACCUCAGUAGACUGCAGGAAGUGUGCUUAUAGCAAAAGACUCAUGUUCGGUUCCCUGCUACUCUUUACAAGUGACAAUUUCCAAAAUAUAUUGUGCGCAUCUGUUUUGGACUCGAAUUUAGAUUUGCUCAAGUAUGGUUAUAUUGCAGUAUCAUUUGAGAGUUGUGAAUCAACUGCAGUGUUUUCACAAACGUAUCUUAUGGUAGAGAGCGAGAUAUUUUUCGAACCUUACCACAGAGUGUUAAAGGUGUUUAAAGAAUCAAGAUAUGACAGUUUACCCAUGAAAAAAUAUAUUGUUGAAGUUCAGAAAGAAAGCAGCGCACCUGCUUAUUUAACACCAGAAACUAUGUAUAGCAUACAAAAUUCGAGUAAAAAUGACGAAAUAAGUUUCCCAGUGCUGGAUACAAAUCAAUGGCCAUCACCCCAAUCUUUUGGAUUGGACCAAUCACAGUUUGACGCCUACAAAUUUGCGUUGACCCGCGAAUUUGCUGUAAUACAAGGUCCCCCUGGAACUGGCAAAACGUAUUUAGGGGUCAAAAUCGCUUCAACAAUCUUGAAGAAUGUAUCUUUAGAAGGUACACCGAUGCUGGUAAUUUGCUACACGAAUCACGCCCUUGACCAGUUCCUCGAAGGCAUAUUGAAUGUGACAGACAGUAUUGUGAGACUAGGAAGUCAAAGCAAGAGUAAAAUCUUAGAACCGUACAAUUUAAAUGCAAUGAGAACAAAAAUAAAAUGUAAAUUUUCUUAUUUAUACGCAAAAAAACGUUCAGAGUUAGAAAAGAUUUUCAAAAUCAUGACAGACUUACAAACGGAGAUAGAAAAAUGUGAAAAAGAAAUAAUUAGCUAUAAAACUAUCAAAAAAUACCUAAAGAUUGGAGAAGAUAGUUUUGAGUUAAAAAAAUUUGAUGAGGAUUGCAUUUUGACUUGGCUUUUUGGACAUUCUGACCAAAGUUCAGAUGAUUCUGUCACUAGUGAUGAAAAUAAUGAUUUAGAAGAUUGGGAGAAACAGUUUGACGAAGUCGACGUGUCUGAUAAAAUUGAAACAUGCUUCUCCGAACAAUGGGCGCUAAAAGAAAUAGAAUCUAUGGAAAAAAGUAUACAAUGUCUAUUAUUUGAUGAUAAUGUUAAUCGUGAACAAAUAGAAUGGAAAAAUAUGGUUCACAAAUUGCAAAACCAAGUGGAUUUUAUUAAAAAGAGGUUGGGAUGUUUUAAGAAUUAUAUGGCGAAAACUCAUGUAAUAAGUAAAGAAAAUGAAAUACCCAAAGAACAAAAUCCAUACAAAUUGACAAUAGACGAAAGGUGGAAAAUAUACUUUGCAGCAUUGGAAGCAAUCAAAGAGAAUCUUAUGAUGAAGAUGAAUAAAUAUCUGAAUCAACACAAUUCAGUCAAUGAAGAACUGGAGGAAGUGUCAACGCUGAUAGACAGCGAGGUGGUGAAGUCGGUACGUGUGGUGGCGGUGACCACUACCCUCGCAGCGCGACGGCAUGAUCUUAUGAACAGAUUGCAGUGCCCUAUUGUAAUAGUCGAAGAAGCAGCGGAGGUGUUAGAAGCGCACAUAGUGGCCUCACUUACGGACAAAUGUCAACAUCUCAUAUUAAUUGGUGACCACAAACAAUUAAGACCAAACGCGGCUCACUACGAGCUAGCUAAAAACUAUAAUCUCGAGAUAUCGCUCUUCGAACGAAUGAUAAGGAACGGCGUCCACGCAAGAACUUUAACUACGCAGCGGCGAAUGCGCGCUAACUUUGUGAAACUAUUGGUUCCUGUCAUAUAUGACAGAUUGGAUAGUCACCCUACUGUCCUGUCGUAUCCUAAUGUCAGAGGCAUGAGGAACACCUUGUUCUUUUACACGCAUGACGCUUGGGAAGAUUCUGAGGAAGACAGCUGGAGUCACAAGAACACUCUAGAAGCUAAGUGGUGUCUCUCUCUCGCCAACUAUUUACGAAAAAUGAAAUAUGACUCCAAAGAUAUAACUAUUCUGACCACCUACAAUGGGCAAGCUACAUUUAUCAAAGAGAUAAGCAAAAGGUUUCCUCUAUUGCAAGACGUAAAAAUCACCGUAGUGGACAACUACCAGGGCGAAGAGAACCGGAUAGUGAUAUUGUCUCUGGUCAGGAGCAAUAGACACGACAACAUCGGCUUCCUUGCGGCGGCCAAUAGAAUAUGUGUCGCGUUGUCUAGAGCUAAGGAAGGGUUCUACAUGUUUGGAAAUAUGAGCGUCCUCCGAUCCGCAAGUCAAAUAUGGCGGCACAUACACAAUGAACUAGUAGCUCAGAAUGCUAUCGGGAAAGAGAUCGUUCUGCAAUGCGAACAACACAAGGAUAAACAUUUACAUGUUUCAAAUCUAGAAGAUAUAGAUAACUGUUUAAAAGGAUCCUGCUUGAGAAUUUGCAAUCAGACAGAAUAAUUUUGUUAAGCUUAAAAUGAUAAUAAUCUUAUAAAGGUUAAAUCAAGUUAAUAA